CUGGCAACAAGGCUUUGACGUCAUCGGCCCCGGUGCGACCGUGCUGCUGCGUCUUUGAUUGGAGGGAAACCCCGUGGAUGAAGCGGGAGCGAGCAUCAGCUGUGCGGCAGGGAACCAGGAGCGUCACCGUGUGAAGGAGCGACCCAACGCAGACAGGAACCAUGGAAGACAAGGAACAGCUGGUACGGAAAGCAAGGUUGGCUGAGCAGACCGAGCGAUAUGAAGACAUGGCGGCAGCCAUGAAGGGGGUUGCCGAGAUGAAUGAGGAGCUGGAGAGUGAGGAUCGCAACCUGCUCUCUGUUGCCUACAAGAACGUGGUGGGGGCUAAGAGGUCCUCCUGGAGGGUGAUAUCCAGCAUUGAGCAGAAAACUGAAGAAGGGAAAAACCCUGAGGUCACAAAGUACAAGGGGGUUAUUGAGGAGGAGCUGAAUACUACCUGCAAGGAAGUCCUGGAUCUGCUCGACAAUCAUCUGAUCCCAAAAGCUGUGGAGGCUGACAGCAAAGUUUUCUUCCUGAAGAUGAAGGGAGACUACUACCGCUACCUGGCUGAGGUGGCAUCCGAUAAGACGGCCAUUAUCGAAAGCUCAAAAGAAGCCUACAAUGCGGCCUUGGAAAUCAGCUACGAAAAAAUGCCACCAACAAAUCCCAUUCGCCUGGGCCUUGCUCUCAACUUCUCCGUCUUCUACUACGAGAUUGCCAAAUGUCCAGAAUCUGCCUGCAAGCUGGCCAAGGACGCCUUUGACCAGGCUGUUAACCAGCUGGACACAGUCAAAAAUGAAACCUACAAAGACAGCACCUUGAUCAUGCAGCUGCUCCGUGACAAUCUGACACUGUGGAUGUCGGACGCCCAGGGAGAAGGAGAAGGCGAAGGUGAGGGCGAGGGCGAAGCCGAGGGUGAGGGAGAGCAGGGGGAGAAGACGGAGCAGUCCACUGAGAACUGAACUACAGAGAAUAAAGAAAACAAACAAAAACACAUUUUUUACCUCUCACCAGCCUAAGUUGUGUGUGUGGUUGUGUCUGCACAUACAUGCACAGAUAUGUAUGGUUACACUCCACUCAUGAUGCGUAAAGUACAGUAUGUGUGUGCAUACAUUAAAGUGUGUGUUAAUUGUAUGAGCACCUCCACAGAGAAAAGAUUGGAAUAGAUCUGGUAGUUUUUUUUUUUUUGGUUUUGUUUCUUUUGGGACAUUACUCAAUGUGAGUCAGUGGAUGUUUAUUUUGUUUGUCUGUGGUUCAGUCCAAAUGAAAACCCCCCCCCUUUAGAUUUAAAAUCAGCGCCGCUCUCUUUAACCUUAUUUACUGUAGCAAACUGCUGCUGUCGCAGGAAAACACAAUCAAAAAAUAAAUAAAACCUAACUGUAAUUUUGAUAAUGUGUGUUUUUACUUGAACUGAACAUUUUCAAUAUUUGUGACACUUGGGCGUAGAAAAAGUACCGACUGUAAAAGUGUUCAUAGCAGUCUGAAUUCACCACCAAUGAGUUCUCAUUCUCUGGCGGGAUUCACCUUGGUAAAGAUCCAUCACCAUAUUGCUUGUAUUCAGCCGGGCCUGUCUGUGUCCAGUGUAGCAGGUAGUGAUUGUUAUGGAUGGUACAUGUUCUGGCUCAGUGGGUUCUAUGUGCAUUUGGGCGUUGGGACCUUUUUUUCUGAAUGAAUGGCCACUUUGGGAAAACUGUAGUUGGCAUAUUUAUUGAGAGGAUUUACAUUCCAACGUUGCGGACAUCAUGUCACUCUCAGUGAAAUGCACAGACUAUAAUUUUCCUGCAUUUCCUUUUUUUUUUCCAUACAUCAUGACAAGGUAUAGAAAGCCUAAGACAAAGUGAACAACUUGAUAAAAUGGCUCAAUACUGUAACUUUUGAUAUUUUAUCUUUUCAGCAGUGCAUAAGAUACUUUGGCCAUGUGCUUAUAUGUGGCUUUCUACUCUUUUCUAUUCAGGUGUUUUUGUAUUUUCCUUUAUUUUGUGUAUUUUAUUCCCUUGAUUUGACUCCUGGAAUGUAUGUGGUUCUCAGUAGUAUGGUGUGAGGGUUAGGUGUGCUUUGAAACUGGCAGGUUUUGCUUAGGAUUUAGCUUAAACCAGGUGGUUAUACAGUAACAUUUUCCUUCCUUGAAAUAACAUUGUGAAAUGACCAACUAAAACAAUUCUAAAUCUAAAUUGAUUAUAAAAUAUAACUUGGUAGAAAGCUACGAUGUGACCAUAAGUCACAAAGUAGUGCCAGUUUCUUCUAAUUAAAGAUCUUGGUUUUAAAAAUAAUGAUGGGAUGCCAGAUUCAGAAUUUGCAACUUACACUCAAGAGUACUUUAUUUGGCUUUCAUGUGAGUGGAAUUAAAACAUUAAAAUCAA